AUGAACGUCGCGCGUCGAGCAUUCAGCACCACCACCACCGCCUUCUCCCGGAUAGGGAAGACACCUAUAUCCAUUCCUCCCAGUGUAGCAUAUUCCCAGACACUCGACGCUCUCACCGUCACCGGCCCGCUCGGGCAAGCCUCCAUUACACUCCAUCCGUUUAUCACCCUUACCCCCAGCAAGGACCCUGCCGCACCCAGUCUCACCGUCUCUAUUGCCGACCACGACGAAAAAAGGCAGCGCGCGAUGUGGGGCACGACGCGCACGCUGAUAGCCAACGCCAUCACUGGCAUCACGGAAGGUUUCCAAGUUCUACUUUACCUCGUCGGCGUUGGGUAUCGGGCCGCUAUGGAAGAAGACCCACGGGGGACAAUGGAUGGGGGUAGCGGGAGGAGGUUCAACAUGAAACUAGGAUACUCUCAUACGGUGUACGUGCCGGUGCCGCCGCAUAUACAAGCAGAGGUACCCGCACCGACGAAGAUUGUACUGAAGGCCACGGAUAAACAUGAACUGGGACUGUUUGCUGCCAAAGUGAGGAGCUACAGGCCGCCGGAACCGUAUAAGGGCAAGGGAAUAUUUAUUGGCCGUGAGACGAUGAGGAUGAAGGCAGUUAAGAAAAAGUAA